CACUGGUAGUCGUAUGACGCAGUUGCAGCUGAAAAAAAGUAGAAACCCUUCGGUCUGCGAAAUUUAGAGCAGAAAACAGAAGACGAGAGCGUAGUCACUAGUUGCAGCUGAAGAAGAAGAAGAAGAAGAAGAAAGAAGAAUGGGGAAGAAAGCUAAAGGUUCAAGGAAGGGUAAGAAGGCGUGGAGAGCUAACAUCAGCACCGAAGACAUCGAAGAUUUCUUCGAGAAAACCACCAAGGACGCUCUCUCCGGCGGCACCCUUGACGCCCUUCCCAGCGAUGCACUUUUCUUCGAAGACAAGUCCAAAGAUCUUGCGGUGAAGAGGAAGAUUGAAAAGCACAGGGAAAAAGUGCUCCAUGUUGAUAGUGUGCUACAGGGGAACCAGUUUGUUAAGCCGGUGCCAUCUUCUACACGAAAGAAGGGCAGUAAAAACCAUAAAGCGGUCUCUGUGACGAAAGAGGCUAAUAAGGAUGAUUCCGACUUACCUUCUGAUGUAUUUGAUAUGUGGGGUGAUAAAGAUGAGGACAUUAGAAAGGGAAAGAAGGUCACAAAGACUUCUCUUAUUCCAGCAGUAGAGGUUGAUCCUCCUGGAUGCUCGUUCAAUCCCUCAUACGAAAGUCAUCGGGAUGUAUUAGCUUGUGCUGUUGCACAAGAAAUGCAAAAGAUCUACAAAGAUGAAUUGGGCCCUACACCAGUUCCGUUGACUGUUUCGGGAGAAGCUAUUGCUGAAGAAGAUAGGUAUUUUCUUGAUGUUGAUGAUGGGAGUGAAGAUGAUGAAGGUAAUUUGGAAAGUGAGGGUGAUAAUGAGGAUGGUGCAUCAGAGAAAAGGCCUAUCAAAACAAAGAGGGUCACUAGAGUUGAGUUGAACAAGAGACUUAGGCGCAAAGAACAACAGAAAAAAGAAGCAGAAGCUAAGAAGUUGGUGGAAUUGUCAAAAGAAAUUGACAGCAUACCUGAAAUUAUGGAGGAAAUCAAGCAAGACGACGAGGAAAAGCAGAAGAAACGGCUCAGGCGUGAAGUUGCUAAACAAGAGAGGUUAAAGGCACGGCCACCACGCUUAGGAAAGCACAAGUUUGAGCCUGCUCCUGUUCAAGUUCUCCUAAGCGACGAAAUAAAUGGAUCCAUCCGGAAGCUUAAGGGUUGUUGUACCCUUAUAAACGAUCGAUAUAAAAGCUUAGAGAAGAGAGGAUUGAUUGUUCCAACAUCCAAAACAUCAAAGAGGAAGAGGAAGUAGAGUCCUCUUGAUUGUUGGUUCCAUAACCAAGCAUUGAAGCCAUGGAUGAAAGACCAAAACAAUUUUAUCUAAAUCAAGAUUUUGUUUCUUGUGUUCGUUUUAUUUAUAUGCUCCUAGUCACAGUUAAUGUGUCUACAGUCUACAUAUCAAUAUGUAAUCCGAUAUUUCUACAUAUAUUUGUAACCAUAUUUAUUAUUUGUUGAGCAAGACUUGUGAUCAAAAUCCCAAAACUAAUAGCAUAGAAUUUUAAUUUUUCCUGUA